AUGUUCCGUCCUAUCUUUCAACGUGGCUUCCAUGCAACUUCUCGCAAAUUGGAUCUCUCCAAGAUGACCAUUGUCGGUCGUGUCGGUAGUGAAUUUACAGAAUACACUUCUCAGAAUAAUAACAGAUAUUUGAAAUAUAGCGUUGCAUCCCAACCAAGAAGAGAGGGCCAAACUAAUUGGUUUAACGUUACCGUUUUCAACGAUACUCAAAUCAGUUUCUUAACCCAAUACGUGAGGAAAGGUGCUCUCGUCUAUGUGGAGGCAGAUGCUAGUAAUUAUACCUUUGAAAGAGAAGAUGGCUCUAGAGGCACUAUCUUGAACCUUGUGCAAAAGGAUUUCAACUUACUGAAAAAUGGAAAGACUGAAUCCACUGAAGAAACUCAAUGA